GGGGAAUACAAAAGCUCAGAUUUUAAAAUGGCCGCGCCCAUGAAAAUGAAUUGAAAAUGGCACAGUGGAGUUUAAAUCAAUAUUUUAACGUUCUCUUUGACAAUCUACAGCAGUAUGAUGGAGAGAAGUCUGGGGAGCUUCUUGCCUUCACCCAUCCUCAUGUUGCCAACGCAAAACUACAGCUGGAAAAUCCAGAGAACUUAGUACAGCGAGUGUUUGAGCCUCCUUGGGACGAUGUGGUGAGCCUGCAUCUCCGGUGUUGCUGGGCGGCAGGGAAUCAUGACUUUGUGGAGGCGUACAACUGUCAGCAGCAGCUUGUCCAAUCAUUUACAAAGAUCUUUCAGAGCCAAAAGGAUGAGAACUGGUCACUGCCAAUCCUGUUUGCUAUUUGCCUUGACCUACGCUUGUUUGCCAAUAAGGCCGAUCACCAGACCGUACAGCGAGGCAGGGGGAAAUAUGGAGAACGCUUGGAAAAGGCUGCCGAAACACUCAUGGGAUGUUUUAGAGUCUGUGCCAGUGACAACCGUGCCUCCAUUGAAGACACCAAGAAGUGGGGAAUGUUGAAUCUGGUCAACCAGCUCUUCAAAAUAUACUUCAAGAUCAACAAGCUGCCCCUUUGCAAGCCGCUGAUUCGAGCCAUUGACAGUCUGCCGAUGAAGGACCGUUUCAGCCUUGCACAUCUUAUCACCUUCAGGUACUAUGUUGGUCAGAAGGCCAUGUUUGAUGGUGACUUUAAGAAAGCUGACGAGUACCUGACGUUUGCCUUUGAACAUUGCCAUAUAAAGACACAGAAGAACAAGAGACUCAUUCUACAAUUCCUGGUGCCAGUUAAAAUGCUCUUGGGUCAGAUGCCCAAGCCCGGCCUCCUGAAGAAGUACAAUCUGAUUGCCUUUCAGGAAGUGGCUCAGUCUGUAAGGUCUGGCAACAUUCGACAACUGAACGAGGUUAUGGAGAAACAUGAACUCUACUUCAUCAAGUGUGGUAUCUAUCUUAUCCUGGAGAAACUCAAGAUCAUUGCCUACAGGAAUCUCUUUAAGAAAGUAUACUUGAUAAAGAAGACUCACCAGAUUCCCGUCCAGUCAUUUACAAGAGCUCUUCAAUGGAUGGAGGUUGAUCAGAUUGACAAUGACGAGACCGCAUGUAUUAUCGCUAACCUCAUAUGCGAUAGCAAGAUCAAGGGUUACAUCUCGUACCAACAUCAGAAAGUGGUGGUCAGCAAGCAGAACCCAUUCCCUCAACUGUCCACAGUCAUCUGACCACAACAAGGGACCAUUCAUUUUAGUGUUAACAUACAUGCCAAGUAGAAAACUUUCCUAUAGUUGUGAACUUGUCAAAAAACAUUGGAAAACAAAUGACCAUAUUCGACUAUGUAAUAUAGGAAGGUCAAAAUUUGGCUUUGAUCAUGCUUAAAGGAUCUCAGUUUAUUCUUAAUUCAUUGAAUGUACCUGGGCAAAACAGACUAUAGCUUUAAAAGCAUCCAGGAACUAUUUGUUGAUAGGUAUUUGUGAAAUGAAUUGUUAGAAAUAAUAUUGACUGUAACAGUACAUGCUUUUUAAAGGAUUGCCCCUACAUUGAUGGUCGUCAAAAGGAGUGGUUAACAUUGAAUUUAACAGAAGUACUAUCGGUUUUUCAACUUCAUGCAGAUGAUCAUGUAUGCUCUAUUUUUCACAUCACAGUUUAAGUGCAUGUCAUUGUGUUAAUGAAAAUUUCACAAUGAAAAACUGAACUCUUGAAAACAUCUAUGUUACAUUUUGGUGUUAUUGGAAGCCAUUGAAUUCUUGUCUAUGGUGUACAAGCUACUAAUUAAAUUGACAAAAAAUC